CUGUGACUUUUGCAGGACGAUCUUUUCUUCUCUAUCUCUGUAUCUCUCUUCCAACUUCUCUCUCUCUGUGCCUGCCUUUUUAACACACUUUUUUCACCUCUAACCAUAUGGACUUGGGCCCAGCUUAAAUGUGCAAAGACCGUAGGGCUACAAACAAAAUGCAGAUGCAGCUGACCUUCGUGAUGCUCCUGUUUUUAUUAUGUAAUGGACUGUGCUCAGAUAUAGACCAGGGAAAAAGGACAAUAGAGGAAGAGGUACUGAGAAGUCUCCUCACUUCAAAGGUAAAGCAGAGCAGGCACAUCGCCCCCCUGUGGCAGCUGCCUCUUCAUGAUUUGUGCAGGAUGAUGAUAAAUCUAGAUGAGCUAUGGCAGAAGGCCUGGGGCAGUGAGGAGGAGCAGCAGGAUGGGGAGGUUCAGGCUGAAUAUGACCAGAGAGUGUCCAGUAGCUUCUCUCAAAUGCUUGUGGAACUGCAUGACCUUCAGAACCUCUGUAGGGUACUCCAGCCCAGAGAGCUUCAAGAUGGCCAAGAAUAUCUGAAUCUGGACCAAAACAGUGACAACCCACUGAAGAGAAAAUCUCCAUAUAUACUAAAAAGGCAACUGCGCACCAAUAAAUCAAGAAGGCCAUACAUUCUGAAGCAAAAUGCAUAUUACUGACGCUCAAG